CGGGACGAAUUUUCUCAGUCUUUACUGUUAUAUCAGCGUAAGUGCAUUGCGAUUACCGUAAGAAAAUAAUGAAAUCUAUCGAACUUAUAUUCGCCGUUGCUAAUAUUAUACUUGCUGUUAACGUUUUUAUUACUUCAGCAUGUCCCCACGAGUUGGAAGAUGCGAAGGCUGCUUACAAAUCGGGCGAAAUUCUCGAUUCGAGUGUACCGAUAACGCUUGAGAACAUCAAGAGGAAGUUAAAAGACAGUGGCAUUUUUGAUGCGCACGAUCCGACUUUAAAUGAUCGCGAGAAGAAAGAAUUGAGCAAACUGUUCGAUGCAGUUGAGAUAAUGACAACAUCACGCAACCGUCAACCAUCUAACGUACAGAACAUAUUCUCUUCACUGCGGUUGGUAGAACGAGCAGUAAAGAAACAACUUAAAGAAGGGCAGAUAUCAGAGACGCUGGCAGCCAAGUUUCGUUGGGAAAAACUAUCUUCGAGGCACAGACGUGAACAACCAACUUAUUAUUUAGACAAAAAUACAAGUAUGCGAGUUUUUGAUACGAAGCACUAGUUAACUUUAUACAUGCUAUUUUCAGUGUAUGAAGCGAAUAUUUAUAAGUAAGCCUAGAAUGCGCUACGAGAUAUCUCGAUCGACAUCGCUUUCUCUCUCGUCCCAUCGCAACGAAAGAGAGAGCGAUAUUCUAUAUUCCACCGCUAUUAAUCGACGAUAUGUAUUUUUAUUCUUUACCAGAUAUUAUAACGUUGACGCAUACAUAGUAUUAAAUAGUAUCGUAUUUAGUAUACGUAUUUUGUUGUUUGUAGUGUAAGUCUUAAUAAGAUACUUCUAAUUUCUAUUUAAACAACAUAAAAAUAUUAUGUUAAAAUAACAGAAUACAGAUCUGUAGUAAAUUAAAAUUACAGUAUUUUAUAAGUAACUAGCGGACGCCCGCGACUUCGUCCGCGUAAAUUUCGAUGUCAACUUUACUACUACCCCUACCCUACCCUACCACUACCCCAACCUAACCCUACCCAACCCCUACAUCUACCCUACCCCUACCCUACUCUACCCUACCCCUACCCUCAACCCUACCCCUACCCUACCCCAAGCCUACCCCUACCCUACCCCUACCUUACCUACACCCUACCCCCAUUCUACCCCUACCCCCAUCCAACCCCUACCCUCCCCGUACCCUAUCCCUUUCCUACCCCUAUCCCACCCGUACCCCUAUCUCACGCCUAUCCUACCCCCACCCUAUCACUUCCCUAUCCUACCCGUACCUCUACCCUACCAUUACCCUACCUCUACCCCUACCCUACCAAUACCCUAAACCCGGCCCUAAACCUACCCUACCCCUACUACACUACCCCUACGCUUCCCUACCCGUACCCUACCCUACCCUGUAAUUUCUCUAUCUUACUCCUACCUUUAGCAAAAUCGGUCCAGUCCUUCGAGAGUGGUGGUAUGACCAAGAGAAAUAGAGACUUCUAUGCUAAUAAUAUAAAGAGGUAAAGUUCGUGUGGUUGUAGGAGGUAAUCUCUGGAUCUACUGGACCGAUUUGGAAAAUUGUUUUACCAAUAGAAAGCUACGUUAUUUGCGAGUGUCAAAGGCUAUGUUUGAUCCCCAUAUUCACACGGGAACGGGAACUACGUAAAUGAAAGCGCCGGGCGUCAUAUAGCGGAAUUUCUGCGUCUUUUAGAAAUUUUGUAUUAUCUCCGAAACUAUUUAAGUAAUUAACAUACUGUAAAGGGCAAAUCUUAUCUCCAUAAUAUCCUUGUGAUUAUUAAAUAAUUUAUUUUAAUAAGGAUUAAAGUUUAGUUGUAUAAAUAAUGACGUAAACCUAAGUAUAUAAAAUUAAUAAUUUUUAAAACACAAAAGGUACUAUAUCUGCUAAUAUAUAGAAGAUAGAUAUAUGGCGUCGCGGACUUUUUUGUAGAACUUUUAAAGAUAUAUAAAGUAUCCAUACAUUAAUUUCAAUUUUACACAAUGGUUAAGGCAGCGCAUGCGAAUAAGUAAGUCUGUUUCAAAAGGUUUUUAGUCCGACCUGUAUGACAAAAACUGUGAUAACUCGGCUAAUAUAUAUGAUACCAAUAUAAAAUAUAGCCUAUAGCACUCCCCGAUAAUGUAGCAUUCUACUGGUGAAAGAAUUUUUGAAAUCGGACCAGUAGUUCCGAAGAUUACCCCAUUUAAAAAAUGUGACAAACUUACAAACUUACAAACUUUACCUCUUUAUAAUAUUAGUAUAGAUAAUUAUGUGAGCGACAGAGUUUCGCUUAGUUUUUUUUUAAUCGUAUUGUUUCGAAGACCGACUUUCUUACCCUGUAAAGUGUCGCUCUGUUUUAAACCUUUCAAUAAAGUUUGAUAAAUACAUAGUUUUUACAAUUUUAAACCUACACCAACUUUGAAAUCACUCGAUUUUUUGGGAAAUAAAGUACUUUUUAAUUUUUCCAUUUUAACUUAAAAGUAAUAAAGUUUUGUUCACAACGAUAUUUUAUACUAAAGACAAGAAACUAACGCAUCAAAACUAAGGCAGACAAUUGUGCUAAUUGUCUUAAUUUCAUUUACUCGCUUAUUAAACAAAGAAAGUUAUUUAAACACAUAAAUAUUGUCUACAAUGUCGAGUUGUGUGUUUAGGAAGUAUAAAAACUAUACAUAUAUGUAGGGUAAGUAAACAUAAAAUUGUGCAUGUGUGCGCUCAGUGGAGAUGCUAAAUUCAGAUCACUUUUUGCGGUGAUUUUGUGGGCACGUAGCAUAUCUAUAGUAUAAAAUAAUCAUUGUUUGUGUUGGAAUAAGCAAAACUACAUGUCUAUUAUACAAUACUAGCCAGUAAAAAGUAUCUAUAUUGUUUAUUUAAACUGCCAUCUCUCGUUCAUUCAAGUGUCAUAUUAUCUGUCAUUAUCUUAUUUUUCAAGUGAUCUGCAAUUCACUAUAUUUUACAAAUAUUAAUAAACAGAUAGUCAAGCAGUGCUUUAAUGUGUUUUCUUUCAUCUCGAGAGUCCAAA